GCAGAGGGCGGUAGACCUGGUGUCUGUGGGGGUUGUGGCGGAGAAAUCAUCUCGCUUGUUCUCAUCGUGGAGCUGCGGACUGAAGUGGAACUAACCUGCGUCCAGUGGAGGUGUUUUAAAUCUACCAGGGAUCACUUUCAGGCCCAAAGAGUCGCUCCGAACCGGAACCAUGUCGGCCUCAUCGGCUAAAGUCAGCAAGAAGGAGAAUUCAAAUCACGAAGCAGGAGAUGAGACCUCCGAAAAAGAGCAGCAGGAAGCGAUCGAACACAUCGAUGAAGUCCAGAAUGAAAUCGACAGAUUAAACGAGCAGGCGAGCGAAGAGAUCCUCAAAGUCGAGCAGAAGUACAACAAACUUCGCCAGCCGUUCUUCCAGAAGCGAUCAGAACUAAUCGCCAAGAUCCCAAACUUCUGGGUCACGACGUUCGUCAACCAUCCGCAAGUCUCGGCCCUCCUAGGGGAGGAAGACGAGGAGGCUCUUCAUUACCUGUCCAAGGUGGAGGUCACGGAGUUCGAGGACAUCAAGUCUGGAUACAGAAUAGAUUUUUCGUUUGAUGAGAACCCGUACUUCGAGAACAAAGUUCUCUCCAAAGAGUUCAACGUGAACGAGAGCGGAGACCCCGUGUCCAAGUCGUCUGAGAUCAAAUGGAAAUCUGGGAAGGACCUGACCAAACGGGCCGGUCAGACGCCGAACAAAGCCGGGAAGAAGCGGCAGCACGAGGAGCCCGAGAGCUUCUUCACCUGGUUCUCGGACCACUCGGACUCCGGCGCCGACGAGCUCGGCGAGGUCAUCAAAGACGACAUCUGGCCCAACCCCCUCCAGUACUACCUGGUUCCUGACAUGGAGGAUGAAGAGGGGGAGGACGACGAGGACGAUGAGGAAGAGGAGGGUCUGGAGGACAUUGAUGAAGGCGAAGAGGAGGAGGGGGAGGAUGAAGAUGGUGAUGGAGAGGACGAGGAUGACUGAGACCUUCGUCGCUCCGAUCCACACGUCCUGUUCGGGGUGGGGGUGUAAAAAGUUCUUUUCUUUCUAAUCUUUCUCGUGUCGUUUGACCCGGCGCCCGUGCAGAAGUCUUCAGCAGCUCUGAUUGGACGACGGCGCCGCCUUCGUAGCAUUCUGCACGCCACUUCCUGUAGGUCCAGCUGAUCGUUUGUUUGUACAAUAAAUGAGUUUCUGUGUUGCCAUGGUAACUUUUCUAAAUAUACCAUCUGUAAAUUAUGACCAGGGGGCUCAGAUUAAAUCCAGCCGCUGACGUUUGAGUCCAGAUUAAAACCUUUUAACUCAAACGCAGAUUAACAGACAGGAAUUAAAGUCCAAAUGUUGGUUCUGCUAAACCCGACCUUCCCUGCAGGUCCAGAACUCUGGGUCCAGUCUGUCAAGCUCCUAGAACCUUUGUGAUAAUCUGUCUGUAGAUAAUCCAGCCCCCUGAAAUGUUUAGAACCUGUUGUUGCAGUUUUGUAAUAAACCAGAACCACCCGGUCCUGACCCGAA